UGGAAUUGCGGAAGUUGGACUUUCUUGAUUGGAUUGCAUCAUUCCGAGGUGACAUUAUGUGCCGUUUUAUAGGAAAUGAUGAGAAGAAUUUGCUAAACUCUCGUAAGCUUGCGUUCCUGAAACGAUUCCUAUUAUAUAAACGAAUUAUACGCGUCAUUUGUCAAAAGUAGGAAACAAAUUUCUGACAAUUUUAGAAACUUACUACUAUUGACGAGUUUAUAGAUUUUUUUUUUCACGGUUUUACAUUCCAACGAUAAUCGGGCAGGGGGGAAGAAAUGCAGGCGAUAAUAGCGUGCAUUAAUAAAAUUCAAAAAUAUUCGCGGCCAAAUAUUGUAACGUGGACAGGUACGAGAGUUGUCGAACGCUCUCGAGACGACGAUAUAAUCGAUAAUGUCGAAACGUUUUCUUGGCCAGUCGAUAAAAAUCAUUUAGCGUUUCGAACGGUAGGAAAAUUUCUGUAGGAGGCUAUACGUGAUAUCUAAUAUCUGCGUCCGUAUUAUUGAAAAAUUUUUUUAAAUCGCAAAAUUUAAUUUAUUACACGGUUAAAGAAAUAAAUAUACAGCUCGGUCGGAAAAGAUUGAGGGCUUUAUAAACGGAUGUUAUUAAUUCGAUCGACGACGAGUGGCGCGAGCUCGGAUAGACUUGAUUUCCGUCCAGCUAUAAAAGUGUCGAUACGCUCCUUUAUGCAGAAUUCACGUGCACAAGAGCGUGGUGGUAGGUGCAGUGCCCGAUGCACGUGACGCGAGACACAUUGCGCCGGCCAUGAUCACGUGCACCAUGAGCCAAGCUCAUUCUGUUUCUCUGACACAGUGUUUCCCAACAUUUUUCGAUCGAAAAUUAAAAUUGGCCAAAUCUUUCACUCGGAUCGCGCGCCUUGUUGUUCUUCAAGAUCGAGAAGAUCGAGGAUCCAGUUAAGAUCGAUGGAAACAAUAAUGUGCAAUUGGUAAUAUAAACGAUACAUCGUGAUCAACAAUUGAGAAGCACUGGAACAAGAUGGAGCGCCAGUUCCUGCGGACGCUGUUGUACACGAGGAUUCCGUGGCGUCCGCCUCCGAAAUAGGGGAGGAAUACGAGGACGGUGACGAUUCGGACAUGUACAUGGAAGCGGAGAGCAGCGAGACCGAUCGGAUCGAUAAGGGGGGGGAGCGACGCGGGAGGGAAAGUUACGCGAAUACGACCGGUCGUCCGAGCGUGGAGGGCGGCCAAGAUGGAAAAAGCGAGGCGUCCACCACGUCCAAGUGGAGGGAUCAGGAAGCGGAGAAUACGAAAGAAAGCGAUCGAACGGAUUCGGAGGAGAAGAGCUUGGAAACCGAGAGUCAGAACUUCUUCCCCUCGUUCGCCGACUUGUUCGCCAAUCAGAGGAGUUCGUUCGCGGAGCAACAAAGGUACAGGCCUCAGAACAGAUUCCUGGGAUACCUGCAACGCGAUCGAAACGGCUAUCAAACGUCGGGGGUAACCGGGGGGAAAGACGUUCAUCAUCCCCUUCUAGGCUCGGGCAACUUCGGAGUGAUUCGAGGCGGCACCUACUAUCCCGAGGAGAAGGAGAACGACGAAUAUUCGGUGGACGAUACGCUCUACAACCCUUACUAUCACGGGGGGAACCGUGGCCGCGCAAAUUAUUUCAGGAAUCCUAAACCGCAACCGAUUCGCGGUGGCGAUUUCUUCGCCAACUUCCGAGACUUCGCCGACAUCACCGCUCCCCCGAAGUCCAGUUUCUCCCACUUGUCCGUCGUUUACGCCAACAAAAACGCGACGGGAACGCGUCUCGGUCAGGAGCCCAGAAAUAUCAUCGAAACCCUGAGGAUGCUGGAAGAGGAAGGGCAAACGAGCUCCGAGGUGGCGGUCGGCACGGAAUUACCGAGGAAGAAACAGAGCAAAGGAAAGAGGAAGUUGAUGAAGAUGAAGCAGUACGAAGAGGACAAGGCGAGGAGAUCCUCCCGCAUCACCGUCGAGCCUUUGUUGGCGCUUAGUUGAACCUCGCGUUUCGGAAUUGAAAUUGUAAGGUAGUGCGGACGCGAACCACGGGAUACGUACCCUCCCCCUCCCCCCCAAAAAAAGAAAAAAAACGCGAAAUCUGGCUACGAGAUUAGAACCAAAGUGUGAACGAAAAAUAUUGUCAUUUGUCCUAUCGUCGGAGAAGGAUUUCGUGCGAAGAAGAAUGCGAAGAAAGGAUCGAUCAAAGGGACAACUCGCGUGAUUUUUUUUUUCCCCCCACUAAUUUUCAAUAAUUCGAUGCGUCGAUUUUGUAUUUAACGAGAAGAACGUUAGUAUAAUUAGAAAUUUUACAUCAACGCGUUCCGUUUCGUAUUUGUGAAUUAUUGGAAUUAACGUAACCGCCUCGACGUACUUUCCAAUUUUCGUGGCAAUUGUACAGAUUGCGUGUAAACCGAGUAUUUUUCUCCAAUUAUUUAAAUCGUUCGCUACGAAGGAUAAACUGUGUGUAUCGUUUCGCUUUCGUAAUUCCAUGUUUCGGACGUUCCUCGGAAAGAAAACUAAAAGCGUCAAAAUAUAGGUUGCCAUCGAAAUCGAGCCGCUGAAAUAAACACCGUGGACAGUCGGAGCUCGACUGAAAUUACUUUGAAAAUUUCGAAUCGAAGUAUCGAAGAGCGCUCUGUUCGAUCGGACGAGAUAUCCGAAUUGGAAGAAGAAAGACCAUAUCGGAAAUGAUACGUGUCCGACUCUGAUUAACGAAUAUCCUCGUGUCUAAGGAUAAUUAAAAGUAUCUAUGAAAUAGUGUUUUUAUCGCGUCGAUCGAUCAAUCUCGCAAUUUUUCCGUGGAAAUAUUCUUCGAGUUAAUCAUUCAUUAUCGAACGAGAGAAGAUCGCGUCAAACUCGUUUAUAGCAAUUCACGGACACGUUUUGAUCGAAUGCAUUUGCGCGUGCACCUUCGUUAUGCUCGAGUAAACUUCGGUCCGGUACGAGUGGAGACCGUGUACGUUAACGGGUUGAUCUCUCCGUUCACGGGCUGCGCGCACGCGCUUUCACGCGCGCGUUCUUCACUACGUGUAUUUGUAACCAGUGUGUUAAAAACACCACGAGUGUUAAAAAAGGAAAGAAAAAAAAAAAACAGAAAAUUCGCGAAAACGGAAAUCGGAAGGAGAAACAUUUGCGUUUGUCACGGCCUUUUGUAAAUAAAUUUCUACUGCUCUGCCUCGCGUUUUCUUUAGUGUUUUAGCUAAAGCGGAACCGGACAUUAACAUUUGCGUCUUCGUUCGAUGAACAUGCGCGUGUAUUCGUUCGCGGACCGUAUUUCUGCGUUUAACUAUGAUUGUAGUUGUAAACUACGCUAAGGUAUCUAUCGUAGAUAAGUAUAUCUCGUAUUUGUUUCUUUUCUACGUUGCAGACUGUCUCGCUGCAUUUAUUAAAUUCACAAAGACUGUUCAUCUAUUAAUUAUUAUUAUUAUCGGCUUGGCGUAGAAUUUGUUCAUCUCUUGUCGUUAAUUAAAUUAAACUAAUAUCUUCCACCACAAAAAAAGUAUCGAAUUUUUGUUCAGAUUUACACGUAUGCGAUUUUUCUUCUCACAUCACGAUCCUUUGAUAUUUCUCUUUUUUAUACGUUCGUAUGUCAAGUUAUGCGUAUCUCCAAAUCGUUGUCGACGAUUUGUCCUUCGUUUUUUUCAAAAAUUUUCGAUACGAAUCAUGGCAUAUAAAGAUUCACCAUUCCACUUCAUGCUAGAAUACUCUAUAUAAAGACGAAAAGUCCACCAGUGAAUCUUUCGCUGUAGAUUUCGACGUAUUGUUAUAUAAAGAUUUUGUUGUUGUUUAUUUUAAGUACAAUAGUAUAGGUAUGAUAAUUAAAUGCUCGAUCACUGUGUCUCGUACCGUAUAUAAUCUCGUACUGUAUACUGCAAGGGACACGUGAUGAAGUAUCGAAAUAAAGUAUAUUUUUCAUAAUUUA